UGUUUCCCGCGUUUUGUUUCCCCCUCCUACCCACCGGCGGUAGCUUCUUCUAGGGUUCCGACUCGCCGCCGCGCCAGCGCCGUAGGCGUCCGCGGGCGUGCUCUGCUCGACGGGGAGAUGGCGGGGAUCGAGAGGGAGCGGCUCCUGGAACUGGCCGCCGGCUACGGCUUUGACCGCGGCCUCGCCGCCGACUGCAUCGCCACCCUCCUCAACCUCUACGGUGCGGAUGGGCAAGGUUUUAUUACUGUGGAGAACUGUGGCGAUGAUUUCCUUGGUGCAUUAGCUGAUGCAACACAAGAUACUGAUGAUUGGGAUGAUCUCAAUGCGAUUGAGACCGAAGCUUGUGGCAAUUUGAACAAAAUGAUGGGAAAGGGUGUACCUCAUGAAAAAGGAGGAGUUGCUGCAAAUACCCCUCUUUCCGAAAGGGCAAAUACCUCCAGUCAACAUACUCCCGACAAUCCGAAGACUUUGAGCUUUUCCUCAGAUGAUGAUUCAGAUUUUGAAAUGACCACCCAUCGUGAUAGCUCUUUUGGUACACAGAAGAAGGCACAGCCCAGAAACUCUAAAGUGCAGACAAGAAGCUCAGCAAAAUCUACUGUGACCAAAGGAAGCAAUAGAUAUGGAUCACCAACUCCAACUUCAAGUAAAGAGAGACGUCCAAACACAUUUCAUCAAAAGAGAGAAACCCUGAGUUAUGAACAACUUUCUUGUCUAGACGACCUCAAUCUUGCGAAUGCUGUCAUCUUUGGCAACAAAAGUUUUAGGCCCCUGCAGUAUGAAGCUUGCAGUGCUGCACUGAACAACAGAGACUGUUUUAUACUAAUGCCAACUGGUGGUGGGAAGAGCUUGUGUUAUCAGCUCCCUGCAACAUUGCACCCCGGAGUUACUGUUGUUGUAUGCCCUUUACUGUCGCUUAUCCAGGACCAGGUUGUUGCAUUGACCUUCAAGUUUGGGAUACAAGCAUCAUUCUUGAAUUCUCAGCAAACUUCAUCACAGGCAUCUGUCGUCAUGCAAGAGCUUAGAAAUGGCACACCGUCUUUUAAGCUUCUUUAUGUCACACCUGAAAGGAUGGUCGGAAACUACUCCUUCAUGGAGAUCCUUAGAGGCUUACACCAGAGAGGAUUGCUAGCAAGAUUUGUGAUUGAUGAAGCACAUUGUGUAAGCCAAUGGGGACAUGACUUCCGUCCAGAUUACCGAGCCCUAGGAUGCCUCAAGCAGAAUUUCCCUCGAGUCCCAAUUAUGGCUUUAACUGCAACAGCAACUGAAGCUGUCCGUAAGGACAUCCUCAGUACCUUGAGGGUCCCAAAUGCUCUGGUACUUAAGAGGAGCUUUGACAGACUCAACCUCAAUUACAUGGUCAUUGGCAAGACAAAAACUCCUCAGAUGCAGCUGGGCGAGCUCCUGAAAGAGCGCUUUAUGAACAUGUCUGGUAUUGUAUACUGUCUCUCGAAGAAUGAAUGCGCGGAUACUGCCAAGUUCUUGAGGGAGAAGUACAAGAUAAAAUGUGCUCAUUACCAUGCUGGCUUGGCGGCUCGUCAGAGAACAAGUGUCCAAGAAAAGUGGCACAGAGGGGAGGUCAAAGUCAUAUGUGCUACCAUAGCAUUUGGCAUGGGGAUUGACAAGCCUGACGUGCGCUUUGUUAUCCACAACACCCUGUCAAAAUCGAUAGAGAGCUACUAUCAAGAGUCUGGGAGGGCCGGAAGAGAUGAUCUUCCAGCACAUUGCGUCGUGCUAUAUCAGAAGAAAGACUUCAGCCGUAUCGUGUGCAUGCUGAGGAAUGGAGAUAACUUCAAGAGCGAGACAUUCAAGGUUGCGAUGGAUCAAGCAAAGAAAAUGCAGGCGUACUGCGAGCUGAAGACUGAAUGCCGUAGGCAGACUCUUCUGGCUCAUUUUGGCGAACAGUACGACAGGCAAAGGUGCAAAGAUGGACCUAGCCCCUGCGACAACUGCCUGAAGACAGCUUCUUGAGUGUGUUCUACAAUCUAGAGUGUGCACUGACAUAGUAUCGAUCCUAACCCCGUGAUGAGUUACUACUUUGAAGAUGUAUUCGUACAUGAGCAACACAAGCUUUCUGUAUCUAAUAUUCAGGCUCGGCGACUGUAACAAAGAGGUGGUAAGGUUGCACUUGUUCCUGGAUGCUCGACAUUGAAUAUAAUCACAUAACUCUUUCUUAGACUGCAGUUCUGUUACAGUCUAAGAAAAAAAAUGUAUUUGAACAAACGUACUAUGGAGUGCUAUGUACACUUUUUUAGAUUUAA